AAAUAUAAAAAAAAAAUGGCCAGACAUUUUUCUACACUUAACCUAAUUGUUGCAAUUUACAGUUAAACGCAACAAUUUAAUGCAAUUAUCAGCGCUAACAAGUGUUGCGAGCUUUCAGCACCUCAAAAAUUCUACCACCGUUCACAAUUCAAUAAAAAGACAUGUCUGUAAUGAUUCUACAUUCAGUAUUUUUCAUCGUAUAACGGACUUGAGGAACAACGCAACAAAAUGCAGAACUAUAAGAAUUUACCGUUGUAUUCAAUAAAUGUGAAAAUCUUUUUGCAACUAGGACUCAUCGGCCCGUCCACCAGGGCAAAGCAAAUUCUCUUGGCUUUCGUGCCAGUAACCACAUAUUUGGGACAAAUCAUUAAUUUAUAUAAGACGUGGAGUGAUGACAUUGGUGAGACGGGCUUGAAUUUCUACAUGUUGGCGCUCGUAACACACUGCUUGGUUAGAUUCUUCAUGGUCGUGCGAAACAAUGAGAGAUUUGUGCGAUUUUUACAAUGCAUCGAUCUCUGGUAUAAGGAUAUUGAGCUAAACAGUGAUCCGGAAGUGGUCCGCAUGUUGCAAGACGUCACCACACACACUCAGAAGUUGACACGCAUCGGCUUCUACACUAUCCUCACUGGCGGUCUAUGCUCCUAUAUAUUUCCAUUUUUAUUCGAAGAACGCAAAUUUAUACUGGAUAUACAUUAUAUUUUCUUUGACGCCAAACAAACGCCAUUCUACGAAUUCUUCUUAGUUCUACAAAUAGUGGUGUUGGUGCCGGUAUUCAUUGUCAUUUAUCUGCCAUUUACGAAUAUUUUGUUAACGUCGCUUAAGUUUGGCGAGUUGAUUUUGAUGGAUAUGUGCACGAAGUUGAAAAACAUCAACAACCAGGAUGAGACGACACAACUGCGAGAGUUUAAGGAAUGCAUUUCGUAUCACGAAAAAAUCAUUACUUUCCGCGAUGAUCUCGAGUAUUUGGUUUCAAUAGAUGGAUUCUUUCAUGUAACUCUCUUCGGCUUAAUGCUUUGUAUGCUGCUUUUCUUCCUCUCAUUGGUAAAUGCUCUUAUAACCGUGAUAUAA